ACAUACUAUUUAAUAAGGUCUUUCCAUUAGAUGAAAUAAAAAACAAAUUAUAUCCACAAGUCGGAGCCUUAGAUACCAGAUUUUGAAUUUAAACAAUUGAAAAUCGCAAGGAACUGUUUACAAAAUCUGUGGAAACCAUUUCAGAAUAAUCAGUAGUUAGGUCAUUGCCUAAGGAACACUCCAAGUUUUCGAACGAAAUUACAACUAUGGAAGAUUCAGAUAUUGCUACAGACAAUGGGGUCGAAUACCAGGAAGAAAUAAAUAAUGAAAAUAACCGCAAUAUGGAGAUUGCUAUAGCGUCCGAUCAAAUCGAACAAAAGGCAUCAGAAGAUGAGUAUAUCAAAAUUUUAAUAAAGAUAGAUUCGAAAAUCAAACAGUUGUCGCAACUGGAGACUUAUGUCGAUACUUGUUGCGAUUUAAUGCAAUCCAAAUUACUUGUCUCAGAUCGAGAACUAAAAAUAUAUGCACAGACUUUGGUAUCACUGGGAAAAUUGGACUCCGAUAGUAGCAAGAAAGAAAAAGAGUUUGAAAACCAAAUUUCUGAGUUGCUAAAACUUACAGAAAUAAGGCGCACUUUAGAAGAUCUCCAAGAAGUUCAAAGAACAGUGACAUUAAUUGUACGUAUUCUUCGGGGCCUAAGAAUUUAUACACAGGACACUCAACACAUCUUAACUGAAUUGAACCAGCAAAAAAUUGAGAACGAGAAGAAUUAUUUACGUAAAAAAGCUAUAUUUGAUCAUUUAGGAACAGAUUGUUCUGGUACUCGAUAUUCUUGCGAAAGUGAUAUGAAAGCAGAUAUCCCUGUCCCGUAUAAGCUACGUAUAAUUACACUGAAUCAAGCGAAUCUUGGUGAAUUCGAAACGCAACGCGUAUUAUUGAUGACAAGAAUUGAUCAACUUAAGAGAGACAUUUUUAAAGACGGAUUGAAAAUUGAGGCGCUUUCAACUAGAAAUUUGACAAUCAGUCAAUUUAUGGAUACUAUCCUUAUAGAAGACAUAAAUUUUAAUUCACAAAUUCCGCUACUAGCAGAUGUUCUAACUCGUCUUCAGGAUCUGAUAAAAGAAAUGGAUAUUCCUAUUUCCGAUACUAUACCAGACAUUAAUGGAAGCAGGGAUGAAAACGAUCCAAUUCAAAAUAUCCUUAAAGGAAUGGGAAAUGCAUGUAAUCGAGCUCAACAGUCCAUAAAAAAAAUUUUACUCGAAGUAGACCAGUUAAAUGUGCGUUGGUCAGAAGUUUUGGAUAUAGAAUACAAAAUUAAAGAGUUGGAUCAAAUAUAUCUUCAAAACAAGAACAAAAUUUAUGAGGUGGACGACGCGUAAAUAGCCUUGGGGCAUCUAGAUAGUGUAUUUAAAAGAUUUGGUACCACAAAUACUUGAGGCACAAAUGAUCGAUUAUCUAUUAUAUUAUAAGUAGUGCUAAUAUAAGUAGUCCAAUUUCUAGUAAAUUAGAUUAGAUAAGAAAUCCAGAUUUAGCUUUUAUGUAUGUCGAAUCUCUAAUUAAAUUUUAUUAUAUCUCAGUACCUUUUCACUGUGUGCAAUUUUUAUUAGGCAUUGACGAUGUGCUAAAUCACUUUCAGUUAUUAAGAAAAUUAUGUAUUAAAAACGUAAAAAAAUACUGUCCUUAACUCUCUUCAUUUCGAUAAAUAUCAACAAAAAAUUAAGUUGAAUUAUAAUGUCAUUUUAACUUCAGGAAUUUGUGGUAUCUUUUGUUACAGUUCUAUGUUAUUUAUGUAUUAUUUAUAAAUUAUAAUGUAUUAUAACAAAUCAUGUUGAUAAUAAAUAAACAAUUAAAUUUAACAA